AUGGCGGCAGUGGAAAACGACCCACCGACACCAGGGACCAAUCCGGAAGAAGCAUUUAAUUGUGUGGCAUGCGACCGACCGGACUCCGCUGCUAAUCUUGUGCAGUGCGACGUGUGUGAUAAAUGGUGGCACCAAACCUGUGCGGGAGUCACUGCAUCAAUUGAAAAUCGUCCUUGGACUUGCCGGAAUUGUCUCCCAGCAGUAAGCGUCCGAAGUGGUGCAUCAUCAUCAAGUACACGUUCAAAAAGGAUUCAGUUACAACUACAACAGCUAGCGGAAAAGGGAGCAUUGGAGAAGAAAGCACUUGAGCUUCGUCUCGAAGCUCUUCAGGCUGAAAAGGAUUUAGUGGACAAAAAGUAUGAACUUUUACAAUCAACUAUAAAUGUCCAAGAUGAAGCUAGUGUCAGAAGUCGAUUCAAUCGCAAAAUCAGCCAACAAAUUACCGCUACAUGGCUGGAGCAAAUCUCCCCGAUCGAGAGCUCGCCUGAUGGUCCUAUACUUCCCAGCCCUGAGAUCGGUCCCACCAUCCAUGAACUAUCAUCAACUGGUCUACAAAUACCACCGAAAGAACUCAACCAGAUCCCUGAAGAGGUUUCACCAGCGAAUGCAGCAACGAGCCUGCAGCCAGCUCCGAUAGGCGGUGCAGUCCCGAAGCGGAAACCGAUAAUCGAGAAAAGCGGUACAAAGCAGUUACCUACCAGGACGAUCCCGAACACAGAAGGACAACAGCCAUCGAACUCCACGCCGAAUGUGGAGCUAUUGUGUCAGCUGCUCACAGAGUGCCUAGCUCUAAACCAACGUCCGAAACAGGAUAACGUUUUGAAAAUCCCCAAUCACACCUCCACUUCACCUGUACUUACCCGGGACGCCAACCCUCAGGUGUAUUCGGUAACUGCUGAGAAUUGUGAAGCAGUACCCUCGCCUCUACACUCCCCUCUUCCCGAGAAUCAAGGUAAGACCAUUCCAAAUAAAUGCCUAUCAACUGAAGAACUAUAUGAGCCCCAUGAGUCACUGAUCAAACAGCUGGGGAGUUGCCCCGAUGAAUAUUUAAAUUUUGCCCAAGUUAUGGUAGAUUAUACGCCCACACCAUCGCAAUUGGCCGCCCGCCAGGUCAUGGCUCGAGACCUCCCUACCUUUACUGGGAACCCAGCUGACUGGCCUGUUUUUAUCAGCACUUAUACCACUACCACAUUAGCAUGUGGAUACAACCAAGCUGAAAAUUUGUUACGCCUCCAGCGUUGCCUCAAAGGCGAUGCACUUGAAUCUGUACGCAGUCGCAUUCUUGUCCCUAAUUCUGUGCCGCGUAUUAUUGACACGCUCCGCAGCUAUUAUGGUCGACCUGAACAAUUGAUAAAAGUUCUUUCGGACAAAAUUAAAAUUAUUCCCGCCCCAAAAGCCGAUAAGCUUGAAACUUUAAUAGAUUACGGCAUGGCCGUUCAAAGCUUCUGCGACACCUUAGAAGCUGCCAAUCAAACAGCCUACUUUUCAAAUCCGUCUUUACUCGCGGAACUAGUUAACCGUUUGCCAACUCCGUAUCAGAUGCAGUGGGCAGAUUAUUGUAAGAAGCUGAGUGUUGAAGUAAACUUGAAGCUGUUCGGAGAAUAUAUGUCCGCCCUCGUUGAUUCUGCCAGACGAGUAACCCCUUACUCUGGAACUUCGAACCGAGCUGAAGACCGUAACAAACCGAAACGAGGAGUACUUCACGCCCACGCCGAGUACCGCCCUAGAGUCGAAAUGGGGGAACGUCAGUGCAGCGUUUGCGGUAGUAACCAUCGUCUGAGCGAGUGUGAGGAGUUCAAAUCCUUCGGUGUUGAUGAACGUUUGCAGAUCGUGCAAAGGGAGAGACUUUGCCGAAAUUGCCUCAACUUUCAUGGCCAUCGUCCCUGUCGUGUUGGUGGAUACUGUGACGUAAACGGUUGCAACAUACGACAUCACCCACUUCUCCAUACCGUCCAUCCCCCUGCGACCAAUCCUGUUUCCAGAGUUUUUACGAAUCAACGAUCGCAUCCAACUGGCCGUGGCCCGCCUAUGGAUACUUGUGAAAAUCACGUUCACCGUAGUGUUUCUCAAUUAUGCCUGUUCCGAAUCGUACCUAUCAUUGUCCAUGGUAGUGGAAAUCGUAAAAUUGAAACGUUUGCCUUUCUAGACGACGGUUCUUCGUUGACGCUUGUAGAAGAGGCGUUGAUUAACGAACUUGGGCUGCAAGGUGAACCUCAAACACUCUGUCUGAGAUGGACAGGCAACAAGACGCGCACAGAGUGGAACUCUAAGGUGGUAGAACUUAGCAUUUCUGGGAUUGGUCAUCCGAGAUACAUACUAAAUGAUACCCGAACAGUGAAGGAGUUAUCGCUUCCAAAACAAACCGUAGAUCAUAAAGCGCUUUCAAGUUCGUUCGCCCAUCUUAGGGGACUUCCGAUUACCAGUUAUCAGGAAGCAGUUCCUCGUGUCCUCAUCGGUAUUAACAAUCUGCGCUUGACAGUUCCGCUUUCCGUGAAAGAAGGUCGGCCCCAAGAACCAAUAGCAACCAAAACACGACUAGGAUGGUGUAUUUACGGUGGAGCUACAGAAAACCGAUCGGAGCUGUCGGUGAAUAUCCACAACAAUGGUUGUUCGUGUGAUAACAACUUGCACGCUACUGUGCGAGACUAUUUUGCGUUAGAAGAUGUAGGAGUAUCGGGCCGAAUAGCUUUGGAAUCAGAGAGUGACAAGCGAGCCAAGAAGAUUCUUGAAGAAACAACAGUCCGGCAAGGGGAGAGAUUCCAAACCGGCCUGCUUUGGAGAUUUGAUCACUUCGAAUUCCCAGACAGUCGUCCUAUGGCACUAAAACGCAAUGAAUGCCUUGAACGUAAGCUCAAACGGAACCCGAAGAUGCUUGAAAGCGUCAACAAACAGAUUGAAGAGUAUCAGAUGAAAGGGUACGCUCGUCGUGCUACAGAAGAAGAGCUGCGGAAAUGUGAUUUGCGAAAGGUGUGGUAUCUCCCGCUCGGAAUAGUAGUGAACCCAAAGAAACCAGAAAAGGUCCGUAUGAUUUGGGAUGCUGCUGCAACUGUUAAUGGAGUCUCUUUGAAUACGAUGUUACUAAAAGGUCCGGAUCAACUUGCUAAGCUGCCUUGGGUACUAUUUCGGUUCCGACAAUUUUCAGUGGCCGUGUCUGGAGAUAUUGCUGAAAUGUUUCAUCAAAUCCGCAUCCGCCCAGAAGACCAAAACGCGCAGAGAUUCCUGUGGCGAACAAAUCCGUAUAAAGAUCCUGAAGUUUUCGUGAUGCAAGUUGCCACUUUCGGAGCUACAUGCUCCCCCGCGUCUGCACUAUUUGUAAAACGGAAAAAUGCACUCGAAUAUGUGAAAGUCUAUCCCCGGGCCGUAGAAGAAAUACUAGAUUGCCAUUACAUGGACGACUAUCUCGGCAGUUUUGGAACAGAGAAAGAAACCGAGGAAGUCGCCAAGGAGGUAAAGACCGUACAUGCUAAAGGUGGGUUCAACAUUCGAGGAUGGCGAUCCAACAGCCAAAAAGUCUUAGAAGGCUUGGGCGAACCAACAACUGCCGAUCCAAGGUCCCUCAAUCUCGAAAACACUGGCAUCGAACGAGUUUUGGGUAUGCAUUGGCUUCCAAAGGAGGAUUUCUUGGCAUUUUCAACUAGCUUCCGACCAGAGCUUUGUGAGCUGAUAGCGAGCGAGCGACGCCCCUCGAAGCGGCAAGUGCUUAGGUGCUUGAUGAGCGUGUUUGACCCUCUCGGCCUGUUGGCGGCCUUCGUCAUCCAAGGAAAGAUUUUGCUACAAGAUAUCUGGCGUGCAGGCACACAGUGGGAUGAAGAGAUUGACGAUCGAGCUAAUGAAAAGUGGACUAAAUGGAUCUCACAAUUCCCAAAGGUAGCUGACAUACGAGUUCCAAGAUGCUACUACCCGGGCGCCGACCAAACAUCUUAUCGCCAACUGGAACUCCAUAUUUUUGCGGACGCCAGCGAAAACGCGUAUGCUGCCGUAGCCUAUUUUCGAAUUCCAGUCAAGACCGGCGGUUUCCGAUGUUCUCUCGUUGCGGCUAAAACCAAAGUUGCACCUUUGCGCCACUGGUCGAUUCCUCGACUAGAGCUGCAGUCCGCAGUUCUGGCAGCCCGUUUGGAAAUAUUUAUCAAAGAAGGACACAAGCUUAACAUAACACGAACCAUAUUCUGGUCAGAUUCAGGCACUGUUUUGGCGUGGAUUCGCUCAGACCAUCGACGCUACUCGCAAUUUGUAGCUUGUCGGGUAUCGGAGAUCUUAUCGACGACAUCCAUCGCCGAUUGGCGGUGGGUACCUACGAAGCAGAAUGUUGCAGACAUGGCCACGAAACUAGGGCAAGGUGGUCAAUUAGAUACCAAUAGUUCCUGGUUCCAGGGACCCGAAUUUUUAUUAUUACGGGAAGAAGAUUGGCCGCAGCCAAAAUCCAUCCUGCCCACUGAGGAAGAACAAAAACAUUGCUUUGUUCAUCAAGCUGUAGUUAUCCCAGAGUCAAUGAUUGAUACGGACAGGUAUUCUAAAUGGGAACGAAUGAUGAGAACGAUGGCCUACGUUUUCCGAUACGUCGACCUCUUUGAGAAGCGUCAAUUUCGGUUUAAAGGAGUUCGUCUCAAUCAAGCUGAACUACAAUCUCGAUUGAAAGGGGUUCGCCUGAAUCAAGCUGAAUUGCAGAAAGCAGAAAACUAUCUGUUCCGGACAGCUCAAUGGUCGGGCUUCCCAGAAGAAGUUUCUACGCUCUUUUAUCAACGUCGAAAGUUGAAUUCGAACCAAGUUCCAAUGGAGAAAGGAAGCAAACUCUACAAGCUUUGUCCUUACAUGGACGAGCACAGCAUCAUGCGAGUCGACGGACGAAUCGGUGCGGCCGUCAAUGUAGGAGACAACGUGAAAUUUCCCGUGAUACUACCCAAGACCCACCGAGUUACAGUACUACUGAUCGACUUCUACCAUCGUAAAUACAAACACGCAAACUUCGAGACUGUUGUUAACGAACUUCGCCAGAUUGUCUAUAUUCCCCAAGCUCGCUCUCGUGUCAAGCAGGUGAUAAAACGCUGCCAAUACUGUAGAGUGUACAAAACCAGACCACAAGUCCCUAGGAUGGCCCCCCUACCAACGGCAAGACUAGCAUCAUACACACGGCCAUUCACCUACGUUGGGCUCGACCUUUUUGGUCCAAUUUCAGUCAAAGUAGGCAGAAGAUCGACAAAACGGUGGAUUGCACUCUUCACGUGCCUAACAUUGCGCGCUGUACACGUUGAGGUGGUUUUCAGCCUGAGUACGGAGUCCUGCAUCAUGGCAAUUCGUCGUUUUAUAGGCCGUCGUGGCUCCCCACUGGAAUUUUAUUCGGAUAAUGGCACCAAUUUCCGAGGAGCUGACAAUAUACUGCAGACGCAAGUGCAAAACAUCCAAGAGGGACUGUCUUCAACAUUCACUAACACGGCUACUAAAUGGAUAUUCAUUCCACCCGGUACGCCUCACAUGGGUGGUGCUUGGGAACGAAUGGUGCGCUCCAUAAAGACGGCUAUGGAAAGCAGCGCAGUGGUAAAUCGUAAGCUGGACGACGAAGGCUUGUGGACACUAGCAGUUGAAGCUGAAAGCAUCGUCAAUUCUAGACCUCUCACAUAUCUCCCCAUAGAAGCAGAAGAGAAGGAAGCACUCACUCCCAACCAUUUACUUCUUGGAAGUUCCAGCGGUGUGAAACAACCAUCUUUAGAACCACUGGACGAAGUUCUGGUGCUAAAAAACGCGUGGAACCAGGUUCAGCAUCAGGCAGACAUGUUUUGGCGUCGAUGGGUUCGAGAAUAUAUGCCGGAGUUAACACGUCGGACGAAAUGGCUCGCUGAAACUCGACCGGUUUGCGUAGGAGAUCUGGUAAUCAUCGUAGACGAGGCGCGAAGAAACGGUUGGGUUCGCGGCAGGGUUAACGAAGUCAUUCCGGGGCAAGAUGGGCGUAUAAGAAAAGCUAUGGUUCAAACUCAAAAGGGGCUCACAAGGCAAUCGAUCUCAAAACUUGCAGUGCUAGACGUGGCUGCAGAGGGUAACCCGGGAUCAUCCUGA